GCACAACAUGGAUUAACAUGUAUCUUUUAGUUUCGUUGGUUUAGUUAUACAAUUUCUUUACGACGACCAACUUACUUCACAAAUUACCUUCUGAAACAAACCAGUUUCGCAAAACAGUCUACAUUUGUUUAGUAUUUAACCAAUGCUUCAAGGUUAAAACGGGUGACCACGAUAACUUCAUUUGCUUUCAGGGUAUAGAUAUUAGCCUUGGUUCCAGCCUGCGCUUUUCUUUGGCUCUGUGCUCAAUUUUAUUUAACGGUAUUCGAAAAAUUCAGAGAAUAAGAACUGCGAAGGAUCGAAUUAAGUCUCAACUCAGCCAAAAAAUUCGUUUGAAAAAUUCAUUUGAGAAAGUUCGUUUGAUCGAGAAUUCAUUCGGUCAAUUUCAAAUGCAAUUCUAGCCAUCUUUCCGAGGACGAACUUUUCUAGUGAAUAAACUUCAUUUAGUCUGAAUAAACAGCAUUUUCACAUACACAAGAAAAUCGCUUCAGGAAAUGGAUUUUCUAUCAGACAGAAGAUGAACAAACUCCACGUCGUAUGCAUGUAAAAAAUAGUCCCACACGCAAGCAUAUAAUAUAGUACGUUCAUUUUUAAUAAGAGAAACAACAUCACAUCACCGCCACAGUUGUGUUUUAUUGUUCCAAAAUGUUACCAUUAUUCACCAUCCUACUACGCAUUAUAAUGCACAGUGACGCUCCAUCAUUUAACACUGUUGUACGCUUGUAACUUAUUAAUUGUUACUUUAUACUUUGAGCUUCGCAUUAACUUUUAAUUUAUAACCCUUUAUAACUUCUAAACUCAGAAUACUUCAAAUCCUACAACAACAAGAUUUUAUUUAUCAUGAUCAUUAACCUAACAAUGACAGUAUCAAUUAUUCAUUUACGCGAAGAAUUCUAAACCUCACACUUUAGCAACGAAGACUGUUUUAACAAUGCCAGCUCCAAGCGCCUCCACAGAAAAAAGCUACAUGAAAUGGGUCUCCCUGUUCGCCUUAGUCAUCCAAACAUCCAGUGUUGUCUUGACAAUGCGUUAUUCUAAGAUAUCAACCAAACAGACAGGUGACAAACCAGAUGGUAAAGACUACUUGAGCUCCACCGCAGUCGUGAUGGCAGAGCUGCUCAAACUGUUCACCAGUUUCCUGCUUGUUCUUCACGGGAGUGGAUACAACCUGGGCGCGUACAAACGAACUCUGCAGCAGGGCUUGGGCAGCGUGCACGAAAUGAAACAUGUUGCAAUACCCGCGGUGCUUUAUGUAUUCCAGAACAACUUCUUGUUCCACGCAAUCAGCAACUUGGAUGCUCCAACAUACCAAGUAUCAUAUCAGCUGAAAAUAUUCACCACUGCAAUAUUAUCCGCAAUCAUCCUUAGCAAGACCCUCUCCUUGCUCAAAUGGAUCGCUUUAGUGAUCCUUUUUUGCGGAGUUUCUUUGGUUCAAAUUCCAAAGGAAGUCUUCACGGGCGAAAAAGAUUUCGUAUCUAGUUUCGCUCAAACCUCCAACUUCAAAGGCCUAAUAUUUAUCCUCAUGGCUUGCUUUACUAGUGCAUUCGCCGGAGUUUAUUUUGAGAAGCUUCUCAAAACAAGUAAAACUUCGGUUUGGAUCCGCAAUAUUCAACUAGGGUUCUACGGAUUCGUUUUCGGAACGAUUGGCAGUUUUUACUACGACCAUGACGCCAUCAAAAAAGAUGGAUUCUUCCAGGGAUACAAUAAUUCAGUAUGGGCAGUCAUAAUUCUCAACGCAGUAGGCGGUCUUAUAGUUGCGGCCGUAAUCAAAUAUGCUGACAACAUUCUGAAAGGAUUUGCAAAUGCAGUCGCAAUUAUUUCAUCAACAAUCUGCUCCUACUAUAUUUUAAACGACUCAACCAACCUGGACCUGAAGUUUGCUCUAGGUGCUUCAAUGGUGAUAGCUGCCACUUUUAUUUAUACUUACACUCCUAGAAAUAAUUCAAAAGGAAGGGGAGUUCUCUUUACUGUAGUUCGAUGGGUCGGAAAAUUAUUUGGAGUUGGUCCAAAGCAAACGCCCUUUAGACGAGACAGUGAUGUACAUUUGUCAUGAUUUGAUUGAAGUUUGGGUUAAUGUGGGGUAAUCAUACCAUUAAACUGACUUGUAAUCAUUGUUAUUUAUGAAAUGUCCUAGUCGACUAAAUGAUAUCACGUGGUUAAUUCAAUUUGAGG